CAACUCGAGACCCCAUAUAGAUUUAAAAAGCGAGACGGAUUCCGUGUGUAUGACAGUCAGUGAGUGCGAAGCAUCGGGAGAACAUCUGUCCGUCUGUCUCCAACGCGCGUCUCCACUUUUUCUGAGGAUGCUACAGUUACCGCAGCUCCGCCAGGGCGUUAUCGCGCUUCUCAUAUGGUUCGCGCACUUGAUGGAACAGCAGAAAGUACAAGCUGGCAACUGCUGGCUUCAGCAGGGCAAGAACGGGAGAUGCCAGGUUCUCUACAUGUCUGGGAUGAGUCGCGAAGACUGUUGUAGAAGUGGUCGUCUGGGCACGGCUUGGACCGAGGAGGAUGUACCCAAUAACACGCUUUUCAGGUGGCUGAUCUUCAAUGGCGGUGCACCGAACUGCAUACCUUGUAAAGAGACUUGUGAUAAUGUGGACUGUGGUCCUGGAAAGAGGUGCAAAAUGAACAAGCGGAAUAAGCCUCGCUGCGUAUGUGCCCCAGACUGCUCCAAUGUCACCUUUAAAGGCCCUGUGUGUGGCUCAGAUGGGAAAACAUACCGGAACGAAUGUGCCAUCCUUAGGGCCAAGUGCAAGAGACACCCUGACCUGACUGCGCAGUACCAGGGAAAAUGCAAAAAAUCAUGCUAUGAUGUGCGCUGUCCUGGAAGCUCGACGUGUGUACUGGACCAGACCAACAACGCCUACUGUGUGACCUGCAACCGGCUUUGCCCUGAGGUGACCUCACCGGAUCAGUACCUGUGUGGGAAUGACGGGAUUGUGUACGCCAGCGCCUGCCAUAUCCGAAGGGCCACGUGCAUCAUGGGACGGUCCAUUGGAGUCGCCUACGAGGGGAAAUGCAUAGACGCCAGGUCCUGUGAAGACAUCAAAUGCCGGGAGGGACGAAAGUGUCUUUGGGACAAGCAGACGGGACGGGGACGCUGCGUGGUAUGCGAAGACACCUGUCCCGAGAGUCGUCCGGGCGACAGCGUCUGCGCCGGCGACAACGCCACUUACCCGAGCGAGUGUGCCAUGAGGCAGGCCGCCUGCUCCUUAGGUCUCGUCCUGGAAGUCAAACACUCGGGCUCCUGCAACUGUAAGUAGAGGAUGCUAAACCUAGCCACACCCAUGUCCCGCAUUCCCUCCCCCUGCCGAAAACACCCCUCUUUCUUGACCCUCCCAUUGCGCCCACAAGGAACACGAGGACUGUCGGAGAGAGAGCCUGUACUUGCCCUUGUGUCGGCUUCCUAUCGCAAAGACUUAACUCAGUGGCGAUGAGAUGUUAGAAGUGUUCGGGACAGUGCAGUUGUCCCCCGCUCCUCUCUUUCAAUGAGGUGUUAAGCCAAAAUCUUUGAGGUCAAGCCUGGAAGGAUUUCCGUUUGGGAUGCGAGACAGUUUUGAACAUGCUGCUCCUCUGAUUUGGUUUGACUGUCUGCGCAUCAGAGACAGAAACGUGACUGACGGUGUCAUGUGGAAAGUGCAUAGGGACGUAACUCACUUAGCGUGCUCUGUUUGUGAAUCGUCUUCUUGUUUUUGCCCUAUGGCAGGCUGACCUGCUCUGUGAUGGACAAAGAAAAGCGUACCUGGUGCCAUUAUGGUGCAUGGCCAGAAAUUCACCAGUUGUGAAAGUGACAAAAAAUGCCCUGGAAAUAUAAAAUAUACGGGGCAGAACGUUUUUUUUAAAUGUGUAUUUUAAUAUAUAGAUAUAUUUCUGACACAUACUUUAAUUGCAGUUUUUGAAAUGGUCAGUAUGCUGUGUUUUAUAUGUCCAGAAAAUCAAUUCCGAGAGACAAAUAUUGUCUGAGGACGUUCAUUUCUGACCCCAGCUAACAUCUCUAACACCUUUGUCUAUGUGUAAUAAAGGGAAACUCAAUUUUUUCACUGUCGGUUUGUUAUGUCCAUUUUGCGUAAUGUGAAAAAAAAAGAUUUUUCUAACCAUAUUCUGUGUUUCAAAAGUAUUCUUAAUGAAAAAAAGCCACGUAUUCCUCUAGAAGAAAGGACUUUCUUCACGUUUCUAGAAAAUAUCACUUCUUUCAUUUUAACCUUAUAAUGGUUAAAAUGUGGGACAUAACAAAUCUCAUGUGGGAAAAAUGUGAUUUUAUGUUUAGUAGGAACAUGUUUAAAUGAUCAGUUGUUAAUGCCCUAAAGUAGAACCAUAUUUCACCCGGCCGAGUCUGUGUGUGGUAUUGAACAAUCAUCUUCCAAACAGCGAUAUUUUUGUUUAUAUGAAGGGAUUACGUAGUGUCUCUUUGCAUGAUUUUAUUUUAUUUUAUACAAUGACUUGACAAAUACAAGAAAUUGUCUCCGCUAAUAAAAGACAGAGGUAAAGCACCAUUCCACAGAGAAAAUCAAUCCCACCCUCUUGUUCCUCUCUGAGCUGUGAUCCCACAACCUUGUGUGAAUUGCAAAGCAUCAGUUAGAGAUGCUUUGGGAGAAAGAUGCAGUAAGACUCUGUGCCUGAAUGCUGUUGUGUUUUAUACUAAUGCAACAGCUGCUAUAUUCCUCCGUAGCUCUCUCUGAAGAGAUGGAUGAAGGAAGGAUGAUGAAGAUUACACGGAUUAUAGCCAUGUAUCUCUGAUACUGACUGGAUAAACCACCGUCAACAGCAGGACUCCAUUUGAGCACAGAGUCGUGUUCAUGUUGUACAGAAGUGUAUUCUUAUUUAUUUUCCACAGACACGUGGAAGAUGCUUAUUGUUGUAGAUGUUUAUUUAUACAUUUUUUUGCCUUUUUUAUUUAUACAUUUAUAGUCCAAAUAAAUGAUCUCUCUCAUC